AUGAAGCAAGUUCGUCCUCGCAGUGCCGAUCUGGGCGGCCUUCAUCUCGCUACAGCGGGCAGUGGCUCCGGGAAUGGAUGGUUAGGAUACUCAGGCGAAAUGCAAACUCGUUUCGCAGAACUUUUGACGGAUAUGUAUAACGAGACCUCAAACGCUGUUAACGAACGGGACGCAGAGUUUGCACCGACAGACCUUCCUAGCGAAACCCGAACUCGUCUUAUCCACUCCCUCGAUAGUUGGAACUUCGAACCCCAUAAGCUGCCAGAUGAAGAAGUACUUGCUUGUACUAUGAUGCUGUUCGAGGCCCUGUUCCGGAUAGAACAUAUGCAGGAUUCCGUGGGUCUUUCUCUCAAGGACCAGAUCUACCCUCUAAUCCACCAUCUUCGUCGAAUCUAUCGAUGGGAAAACACCUAUCACAACUUUGAACACGCACUAGACGUUCUUCAAUGCUCCUACAUCUUCCUACGGUCAGCUGGUAUGGUUCCACCCGUUUCCAUACUUUUGGAUGAGGACCCUGAACGGACGUGGACUUCUGCUCGGAAAUUCGAUUCCGGGCCACUCGUAACCUGUCUUGGCAUGAAGGAGCUUUUCGUCGUCUACAUAGCAGCUAUCGGACACGACGUCGCUCACCCGGGUUUUACAAACCUGUUCAUGCGUAACGCGGAAACGCCGCUCUCAAUGGUGUAUGACGGAAAAUCAGCUCUAGAACAAAUGCAUUGUAGCCUGCUACUGCGGGUCAUGCGCCAUUAUGGUUUAGGUCCGUUAUUGGACGACAACUGCGGCAGCGGUGGAAACGGUAGUACCCAGAGCGUGAGGAAACUCUUAUCUGAAACGGUGCUGGCAACAGAUAUGAGUGUACAUACGAAUUUCAUGGAGAACUUCAAAGCCUUAGUGGAUGAUGGGAUAACGCAAUCCAAAAACGAGGCCGAGGAAGGGGAAAGCCAGCUCUGGAGACGGCAGGUCCUAUUGUGUCAAGGUAUCAUGAAGUGUGCAGACAUCUCUAAUCCAUUCCGACCAUAUCAUGUUUCGCAACAUUGGGCAGCGGCAUUGAUGGACGAAUGGACAUCGCAGGCGAUGCUUGAGAAAUACAUGGACUUGCCCUGCACUAAUCCAUGUUCAGAUGAUCCUCGUUCUGAAGCUGACGGUCAAGUAUUCUUCAUCAACAAAUUUGCCAAACCGUUGCUCGAAUUGAUGGUCGAGGCCGUGCCAGAAUUGCAACCACAUCUGGACCAAUGCCAAGACAAUCUCCGACUCUGGCAGUCUCGUCAAGUUGACGUCAAACCUGUUCUCGAAACGGCCGAAAAGACGAACUCAGCUGACUUUCUCCCUGCAUCGUCCUCCACUUCGCUGAUAUCCACAACAUCCUCUUCUUCUACUCGAAGACGAAGAGACGACUAUCUCACAGCAUUCCCGCUCGCACUUCCGAAACACCAUCCCUAUCGGAACAUUUCGCAUGUCGAUCGUAUACAAUACAGUCCUGUAGGAGAGGACGAUGGCGGCCCAGAAAAGGACGUUAACUCUCAAGAUAUCGUGGAAACUGCACAGGAAUGCCCAGAUUUUGAUCGUAUAGCAACUUCUCUUCUCCCACGCAGUUCCACCUCAACAGCUACCAGUGCCACUCUGGUCUGGCCUUCUUCCGCCAUAAUAGGGAGUAACCAACAGAAGGAUCAAUCCUGCCUCUCUCCUCCAUCACAAAAUGUGGCUCUUCCUCGCGCCCAACCAACUAAUGAAGAGGGUGGUAAACAUGCAGGUCGAAGCGCGUCCUCCUCAUCUUCGGCCUCAGCCUCAGCCUCUUUCUCCAACUCAUCGCUCAGUUCGCCUUACGAAAGCGGCUCGGAUAUUUCCUCGUCCUCCGUAUCCGGAGACUCGGAGUAUAUGUCUGUUGCAGACUGGAAUAGCAUCAGUGGAGAAAGUCAUGGUGUAGCCAGUUCGUAUCGCACAAGUGGUGAUGGCUACGACCACAUUACCGGCGUCGAUCGUAUCGGCAGAAACUCUAACAGAGGACGCAAUGACAGUAUCAGUAGCCAAUCCCAAGAUCAUCAAUUCGUGCGAGGCCACCUGCGCUCGAUUACGAGUACUAUCAGUAGUGCAAAUGAGGCUACAAGCGGCUCAUGCUCAUAUGGCACAACUCAUAUUCAGGAUCCACACGCUGGACUCCGAGCAGCAGCAGUUAGCGCUCAGCCCAUGUUGAGGAAACAAAGAUCGAUGUUGAAUCGCAAGUCGUGGGGCGCUCCAGGGGAAUAUGCGGCACGCUCUUCGUCGAAUUGUGUAUCUUCCAGCGCAUGUACGGUGGCUUCCUUGCACAAUGCCUCGUUGCGCCCGCCUCCGCUAAGUAGCCCCGCGGCUCUUGGCGACGGUUUCGGUAAAUCAGAACUUAUCCCAUCCGAGUCACCGUCAGCAAGGACUACACCAAAGGCAACGAAGAAUUUGCGCAGGCCGACCAUCGUCAUUGCCCAACCGCAUUCACAUCCUCGGGAGAUUGGAGUCAAUCUUUUGCCGGUGUGA